UAAUGAGAUUCUAUUGCAUUUAUGGUGCCAACAAAUCUGUAAAGCCAAGUGGAAUGGAUUAGGUGAGGGCAGUAAACCGGGUUUCAAAUGCAAAUCGAUCUUCUACGUAUGAGCGAAGCAGUAGAUAGGAAACUUCGAACAAGCUGAAAACCCCAAUCAGAAGAAAGAUUCCAAGAACAUGGUUUUUACCAUUAUCACAAUAACCGUUGUCUCAAUAACCAAAUUUACACCUUCAUCUCUACGACCGGCAUACUCGGGCAAUCCCAUACAUUUUGUGUGGGAAGUUAUUCUUUUUCAAACUAAAACUUCAAUAUCUUUUGUUGCAUUGAAAAUUACAACAUCAAAUUAGGUACAAAGGUACGGCCGUUAAUCUUAUUUAAUUUAGGGAAUAAAUGGGAUUUUUUAAAUCUCGUUCACUAUUUUUUAAUAUUUUUUUAAGUUUCACAAUUUGUCUUUUAAAUGGAUUUUAUUUCUGCAUGUUCUAUGAAAAAUACGUUGAAAGUACCUUUUUGCAUUAUUUUUUAGGUGAGUUUUAAUUAAUUAUUCUUUUUUUAUUGUUUUAAAGGAAAUACUAUAAAUCAUAUUUGUUUGGUAAGUACAGUUUUCUCUAUCGGUAAUAUGUUUUUCUAAUUGAAAACUGAUUAGAAGAGAGCACAUUUGGGGAAAAAGAAGGACAUAAUGCAUAUUUGAAUAAUAUACAAAGCAUUUUGAGUUUUUUUUUAUGAAAAUAAAUUGAAUAAUAAAAAAUAUGUUUCAAAAACAUAUUUUUAUGAAGAAUUUCUGCUUUUCUUUUCAUAAUCAAUCAAAAUAAUCAGAAUCAUCCAUGAAGUGCAACAUUAUUAAUGCAUUCAAUAUGGUGGCUGCAUUGAAGGCUGUUCAUGAAAAAAUUGGUUGUUAUACAUUACAAAAAUUAAAAAAAAAAAUUGAAUGAAACUUUAAAAGAUCCCAUUCCCUCAAUAAAGUAAAAAAGAAUAAUGCCUUGCUCUUUUAACAAAAUUUGAAAUUUAAAUAUUCAUUACAUCAAAAGUUAUGAAAGUUUUAAAAUUGAAAGCUACCACUUCCCAUACAAAAUGUAUGGAAUACCCGGGUAUGCUUUCAAUUUUUUCUUUCAAUACAAAGUUAUAUCAGUUAUAAAAUGAAAAUCAUACCCGGGUAUGUCGGUCGUAGAGUUAAAGGUUAAAGAAAAGAAAUAAUUACACAUCGUGACGAAAGCGCAAUCCAAACGCAUCGAAACGCACGGGUACGCAAAUCAGUAAAUAAUUUACAAAAAAUGUCACGCUGCAUUUCGUACGCCGGGAGCCUACAUGCGCAUGGAUGAUGGCAUUACGCACGCUGCCGAAACGAAUAAAACUGCUUUCUGUGUGUAUUUUCUUAAACUGCGUUGAUUUCACCACCACCGACGAGUGCGUUAUGUAACUUAUUUGAAGUCUGAGGUUUGGUGGUGUGCGUCAUAUGGUUAAUAUUCUCAUAUUUUCCAAAAAAAAAAAACAAAAAACAAAACGCUGCGUUUGCCCAGUCGGCAACAGUACCGGGUUGAUAUUGCUGCGCGUUACUGCUAAGCCCGCUUAAUAAUAAUCCCAAGAUCGUCCACCUCGGUCAACCACUGCCACGGUACAACGAAACUACAAACUUCUUCUACAACCGAAGAUGAUGACCAGCUGGUUUACCAAUAAUGUUAAUCAAGCAAGAAACAUCGUCCUUGCCAGUAGCGGCGUAUGCAUUGUCGCUCUGAAGUUAUUGCAGUACUGGCGAUCACGAUCGCUGCAGCCGAUACGGAAGCUGAGCACCAAGGACGUAGUCAUUAUUACGGGUUGCGAUUCUGGCCUAGGCUACAAUAUGGCCUGCAUGUGUCUGCAGGCUGGCAUGACGGUGAUGGCGACGUGCGUAAGCAAGGAGUCCGACGGAUACAAAAGCUUGCAAUCGCGCGGAAAGCAAACGGGGCAGCUUGUCUGCUUCAUCAUGGAUCUGAACAGCCAGGAAAGCAUUGCAGACACGCACAGCGCAAUAAGAAAAUGGUUUGCAGCAAAUCAUCCAGCUCGUCUGUAUGCGCUUGUUAACAACGCAGGCGUCAUGUGUUUCGGGGAGGCGGAAUGGCUUUCCAGCAACCUCACCAAGCUGCAGCUCAAUGUAAACGCCAUCGGUACCAUCCAGUUCACGCUACCGCUGCUCGAGCUGGUCCGGGAGAACCGAGCGCGGCUGAUCGUCGUUACCAGCCACUGCGGACGGCAGGCCCUGCCGGGGCUGAGCGUUUACUCCGCGACCAAGGCGGCACUGCGCGCCUGGACCGAUGCGGUGCGCAUGGAGCUGUCCUGCCACGGCGUGCCGGUGGUCGAGUUUAUGCCCGGCUCGUUCCUGUUUCAUUCCAACAUUUGCGCCCAGCAGAUGCAGUACUUCGACGAGAUGUGGUCGGCGAUGGGCGCGAACCAGCGUGCGUUCUACCAGGACUACUUCGAUCGCUACCGGGGCUAUCUGGCGCCGCUCUGCCAACCGCGCGCGCUGGAAAGCUUCAGCGAAAGCGAUCCGCUAACGGGCUGCAUGCGGCGGGUACUGUUCGACGCAUCGCCCCGGUCGCUGUACAUCUGCGAACCGUGGCGGUACUUCUUCUACUACAAUGCUUUCCGCUACCUGCCGAACGUGUUGAAGGAUCGGCUGGUGCGCCGAUUUGUGGCCAUGCCAGUGUACUGACGACCUCCAAAUCCGAAUAUCUAGGAACUUACUACCUAUUUUUUGAUUCCUCAAAGGGGUUUAGCUUAGUUUUGCAGACUAGUAUUUGCCUGUGUUCGUGUAAUGACGGAGAAUAAAGCCUCGCAGGAGAUGUUAUACCUA